AUGACUAUACCGGAUGUCAACCAAUUCACCCCCAUCACCCUAGAGAUCCCAGCUAAGCUCAACCUCUAUCUCCACGCAGGCGCUCUCCGCAAAGAUGGAUACCACGAUAUCACAAUGGUCUACCAGGCCAUCUCCCUCUACGACACCAUGACCAUUUCGCCGGCUCAGGACCCCCCAAAAUUCACAAUGACUGUCUCCGGAAUAGAUAGCAAUCGUAUCCCAGCUGAUUCCCGCAACCUCGUCAUCAAAGCGGCGCAACGUCUAGCUAAUAUCGCAGGCAUCUCAAGCCAAGCCUUGCACUUCGACCUGGUCAAAUCCAUCCCUACAGAAGCGGGGCUGGGGGGAGGGAGUGCGGACGCGGCAGCUGCGUUGGUUGGCUGCAAUCAGAUCUGGAAGACGGGGCUCGAUAACGAGCAGUUAAUGGAGAUUGGAGGCCAGAUUGGGGAGGAUGUCCCUUUCUUUAUCCGCGGGCUGGUCGGCAUAGGCACUGGGUAUCACCAACCUGUUAUUCCUGUGGAUGUUGCCGCUGAAUCUAUGCGGACAUGGCACUGGGUAUUGGGGAUAAUGCCGAGGGGGCUGUCGACGAAGCUUGUGUUUGACAGGUCCGAUAGGUUUAUUUCGAGAAGGAUAGAGAGUGGGGAGAUAUUAUCCAGCCAAUGUGACCAGCUGGAGAAAUGUUUGGGGGUUGACUGGGGGAAUACUCCCUUUCGUCUUUUGACUCCCUAUUUGGAUAAUAAUCUCCAGGAAGUGGCGGAAGAUUUGGACUCUGAUAUUGGAGUUGCUUUGCAGAUGGGGAGGGAGGCUGGGGCCAUUGUGAGUUUGAUGGCUGGGACAGGCACGACGUGCUUAUUUUUGGCUGGCGAUGAAGAACAUGCGGAGCGUUUAGCCGACGGGUUGAGCGGUAAAAAUAUAUUUAGGAGGGUUGUUAGGGCUGUGGGGCCGGUUGAGGGUGUUCGUCUCAAAGACCAGUCUCACUGA